GAUGCCGCGCUUAGCAACCACGUGACCAAACAGACGGAAGUUCCAAACUGCGCGGUGUGCCUUCGUUUUUAGACCUAAAUAUGAAGUAAAAUAGUGUUUAUAGGGUUUUAUAUAAGCGAUAAACACUCUUGAUUAUGUGUAGCACUCUUUAGAACUAAUAGUGAGGGGCUCUGUGUGAGUAAAUCGGCUUUAAACGCUGUAAAUGUGUGAUUAUUAGCUGUUAGCUGCUGUUAGCUGUUUCUAACGGUGUGUUGUUAUGAGCUGCCGGAAUGAGGAUUUUAACUGUGAUUUGAGUUAAUUAGAGAGAUUUUCUGUAAUAUCAGGGCUGUAAAAAUGUCUCAGAGGAAGAGAGUGGCGCAUGCUGGCUCCCAGAACAGAGUACCGAGGCGCUCGCAGCAGGUGGUACUGGACGAGGAUGAUGAUGGUGAUGCAUCCUACACACAGCCAACAUCAUCACAGGUCCAGAAGGCCAGGGAGAAUUACACACCUGUCCAGGUCGAUCGUAAGGUUGCUGAGGUGGUACAGUUCAUUCUAAUCAAGGACCAGAAGAAAAUACCCAUCCGCAGGACAGAUAUUGUCAAGCAUGUAAUAAAAGAGUAUAAAGCCUUAUAUCAAGACAUCAUGAAGAGAGCUGACCGCAUAUUUGAGCAGGUCUUCGGUCUGAAGCUGGUGGAGAUAGACGCCAAGAAUCAUAUUUACAUUCUCAUUAACAAGCUGCAGCCUGUGCCUGGAGAGCCAAUCAGCAUGUGUCCAGGAAACCCAAAGACUGGUUUACUGUUCGUCAUUCUCAGUGUCAUCUUCAUGAAAGGAGGAACAGUCAAAGAAAAUGUGGUGUGGAACACUCUGAAAAAGCUAAGAGUGGAUGUCGGUGAGAAGCAUGAGGAGUUUGGAGAUGUGAAGAAAGUGGUCACUGAAGAAUUUGUUCGACAAAAAUAUCUGGAGUACCUGCGGAUCCCUCACACUGAGCCGCUGGAGCACGAGUUCCGCUGGGGUCAGAGAGCCGAGAAGGAGGUUUCCAAGAUGAAAGUGCUGGAGUUCGUCGGAGAGCUGCACAGCCAGGAACCACAGAGCUGGACUCAGCAGUACAGAGAGGCCACAUCUGGUGAAAGUAGUCAGAGAUAGCUGAAGAUAACAGGAGCUGUCAGGGCUGGUUUGGGUAUUUUUUUAGCUUCGGUUCAUCUUGUGUGAACAUCUCAUUUUUAACAAACCAAUAGAACUGGCUCAACAUUGUGAAACUUAGUGUAAAGUUAAUAAACAUUUAAGUUGAGAAUUUUUGUUUUUUGAACAUCAACUAUAUAAGAUCACCAUUUCACGAACACAAGUUUUUAACAGCAUCAGAGAAUUAUAUGCAAAAUGUUUCGGCGUUCAUGUUCUAUAAAACAUAUUUCUGUUCUGUGUUCUGUGUAAUAUAAUAUUAUAAUAAGCUGAAGGUUGUUGUGAGAGUGUUCAGAGUAAAUGUUCACGUGUAGUA